AUGUUCACCAAGUGGUUCCACUUUGAAAAUGAGGCGAAGACAGAUCCCAUGGGCUACUUCUACAUGUCAGCAGCAUUUGGGAUCGCGCUCUUCGCUAUGGCAUCCAUCUUUUACCGAUUCACUGGCUCAAUCUUCAACCCAUCUGUCGGACUCGCGCUGUUCCUGUGCGGUGUCAUCAAGCCCGUCCGCUUUAUCUUGGUAUCUCUGGCCCAAUUCCUCGCCUCCAUCGUUGCAGCUGCCAUUCUCGACGGACUCACUCCUGGCCAAUUGUCCGUUGGUGUGGCGCUUGGUCAAGGAACAAGUGUCGCCCAGGGUCUAUUUAUCGAGAUGUUCACCACUGCCGCUUUGACCAUGAGCGUGCUAAUGUUGGCGGCUGAAAAGCACCUGAUGACACCACAAGCGCCGCUCGGAUUCGGUCUGACGCUUUGGGUCGUCAUGCUGUUCUCAAUCCAAUUCACCGGUGGUGCUGUCAACACCGCACGAGCCUUCGGACCUGCGGUGAUUAUCGGAUUCGAAAACUAUCACUGGAUCUACUGGCUCGGCCCAUGUCUCGGCAGUAUUCUCGCCGCCAUCUUCUACGCGCUGCUCAAGCACCUGCACUACUGGCGUGUCAACCCAGGACAGGAUUCGACCGACGUCCGUAAGUGA